AUGGCUAAGUUGACGCAAGAUGUCAAGUGGACAGAAGAAGGCAUCGAACUCCUCGACCGCGUGCUUGAACUGAACAAAGGCUGCACAAUCAGUAACUCUGUCCUAUUUGCAAGCCUCUCGCGCCUUUGGGAGAUUCAGCACGGUAUCCUCUGCCUGAGCACGUCAGAUGGAAAACACACCGACAUUCUCCAAACGGCGAUAGAGACCGGGCAGCAAGCUCUAUCGAACACCAAACCCGACAGCAGGAUUAUUGGAGAGAGAAGAAAGAAUCUUGCGUCGAUGUUGUACACCAAAUACCUUGUCUUCCAAGACCCCGAGUCACUCCCAAAAAUCAAGGAAUUGUUCAUUGAGGCGGCCAAGACAGAAACGGCGACACUUCUGGUCAGGAUCCCUUCGACACUCCAGGCCGGUCUCAUUCACUGGGAAUACGGAGAGCGGACACAGGCGAACGACAUCUUCCAAAAUGCUGUUGGGCUGUUGACUGAGAGCAACAUCCAAGCGGCAUCUGCAGAAGACUUGCAGCAGACGCUACGUGAAAUACCAAACCUCGGAAGCCUUGCGGCAUCUGCUUAG